CUAAACCCACUGUAACUAAUUGAAACAUUCAAGUAUGCCUUUUAAGAAACUUGAAUAAAAUAUAUUUUUGGAGCGUGCAACGCAAAAAGAAAACAAAUGUUGGGAAAAUGGCAAAGCAGCCCAAGCUCCUGUUGCCACAGUAACACCUGUGUGGAGGACCAUAAAGACGGCCCACCUCUCCAGCACAUAAACUGUGAAUGAGACUCCAUCCUUAUCAAGAGAAGCAGCCAGAGGAAGGGAGCAAACACUACUCUGGGGACGGAUCUUUAUGAGCAUUGAUGGAAGAGCGUGGGAAGUGGAGAGAGCUGUAUCUCGCAGUACAAGGAUCCCAAGGCUGGGCUUUCCCUGCACUCUCCCUGCUCUGAAAUCAACUGACAGAGUGUUGAAGUAAUCAGAGCAGACCCGGCACUGCCUAGAGCCUCUUCUCCUCUCUCAAAACCAUUCUGAGAGCCUACUGUUGGGUUUCCAGCCACAUCGUUCUCUGAAUCAACUUAUUCAAAGUUCUUGGACUUUCUGGACUCAAGGAGCAAAGACAUGACACAGGUUGCAUCCAGAACUGGAGACAUCAGAGGAAAAGUGUUAGUCCAGAGUCUGGAUUUGGCACAGUCUUGACAGGGGCAGUAAAAGGAGUGGGAACAUGCCAGGCUGGGAACUAUGACCAUCUGCGUGGAGCCCGUGGAAUGUGCUGUGCUCAACCACACGUCAACCCUGAGCCCUUCUAACCCACUACCUGGACGUCACACACUUUGGGAGUGUUCUUGCUGACUACACUUUGUGUGUUGGCAUAUUCUGGCUUUAGCUAUCAAGACAUAGAGCAGCUAGAGGAAAUCUUUUCAGAACUGCUUGACACACCACCAUAGCGCACCAGUGAAAGGCCUUGCGGAGCCAGUGCGGAGGAAUUAUCUGCUGUCAGGUCCUGCGCCGGGCUGAUAGGGAAACGCAGCACACCGAGGGCCACUGCAAGGUGAGAGGGACGGCCGCAGGGGGAAGGGACCGAAGAUGCCAUCUUCCACCAUGCAAAUGUUUGCCUUCAUUCUGGCAGUACUGGGAGUCGUGAGUGCCACGGUGGCCACACUGCUACCCAACUGGAAGGUGAGCGCAGAUGUGGGCUCCAACAUCAUGACUGCCAUCUCGCAGAUGCAGGGACUGUGGAUGGACUGCACCUGGUACAGCACCGGAGUCUUCAGCUGCUCGCUUAAGUACUCGGUGCUGGCAUUGCCGGCUUAUCUCCAGACUGCACGCACCACUAUGGUGCUUUCCUGCAUGGUGGCGACAAUGGGACUCUGUCUGGCCGCCCUAGGGCUGAAAUGUACUCGCUGGGGUGGCAGUUAUCGCUCUAAGGGACAUACGGCGAUUUCCGCAGGGGCUUGCUUCGUCAUAGCAGGGGUCCUGUGUCUGGUGCCUGCAUCCUGGUUCACCAAUGAGGUCAUCACUACGUUUAUGGACUCCAAAGUCCCCAAAAGCAGCAAGUACGAGCCAGGCGCAGCGGUGUACAUUGCAUUUGUGUCGGCAGGAUUCCUUUUAGCUGCAGGCGUAAUCUUUUGCUUAUCGUGUCCUGGAAGAAGAGGCGGUCCAUUGGAUUCGGGCUCAUUCCACCCCGACAAGCCAAAGCAGCAGAAGAUGCGCCAGGAGCAGACGACCCGCGACCAACAAAAACAGCAUCUCCGCGAACAGCAGAGUCAGACUGAACCACCAGAACAAGAGCAGUCGCAUCGAGAGAAACUACACCAGGAAAAGCUACAAGCAGACGAUCGUCAGCAAGAGAAGUCGGUGCCGGACAGGUUGAACCUGGAAAAUGACAAGCAGUACCACUCUCCAUCCCGAGCCCGAAAUCAAGAUGCCAAGGCCGUCUAUAGUCUGCACGACUACGUGUAAACAACAGUCAUCGACUCCAGGAGCAUUUAGGGUUUUCUUGCUUAUAAGACUGCCUUUCUUUGUGAGCGGCAAAAAGAGGAGGGGAAAAGCAGUGGAGCAGCAGGAGGAAUAAUGACUUUGAUGCCGUUAUCAACCCUUCUCAUCUGUGCUUUCGCUUACAGCAAGCGAAGCAUUGGAGGUAUUUCCAAAGCCCCGGAACAGACAAAGUAAGGAUUGUGAAUCCUCGGGUUCAUGGUUUUUAUUGGGACUACUGGUACAAAUGGGCUCCAAAUGGUGACGCAUCAUAAAAUUGCAACAUAAGAAGGGAAUUUCUUAAGCUAUUAAUGUUAGAAAAGUUCUGAAGGUGCAUUGGUUUGAAAAAAAAAUUAGCAUUUUAUUGUUGUCCUAUUAUUUCAUUACCAAAUGAAAACAAAAAUGAAAACUCUCGACAGUCCUAUUACAAGCAAUCUUAUCCACCUUUUGGUAACUGGAAUCAUGUGUGAUUAGCAAGUUUGAAUUCAGAUGCUUGUAGAUGAUACAUGAGGCAGUAUGUGUAUGCUGUUUGUAGAUAAUGCUGUUAAUAAUGCCGCAAAAAUGCUUGCAGUUGAAAGCACAGAAGGGAUAAUCAAGCUUGCACCUGAGGAUGCCUCACACCAUCAGCUGUCCAUUAAAUGGUGCGUGUCCUUCAGAAAAGGGAUUUUGACAUGUCCUGUCCAUGUUUUUCAAAGAAUGGUGAUUGGGGGAGGCAGAGCAGCAGAGAUUGUCUGAGGUAAUGAUGCUCUUUGCUUUUCCAUUAGGUUCGCUACGGAUGGGUGCACAGUGCUCAUUUUUUUGCGAGCAGGCACAGACACCAACACACACACAUAAGCUUACCUUCCCUCCCUCGUACUCCUGCUAGAAGGGUAAUGGGGGCUUGCACCCAAUCAUCAUGGUGCUGUGCGUCAGUGUGUCGUGCCUGCAGGAAGUGCAGUUGGUCCUGUUCUAGGGCAAAAAGGACGCAGUAACACGCUGUUCACACUUUUGUCGAAAAGUAGAACCAAGGUGACAGAAAUCUCAGCGGUGACUUCAGACUCCCCCGCUGGGCAGCAAUUACACCUUUGGUCUACAUCUUAAUUCGGUCAAACAAUCUGCAGUAUUUUCUGAUUGCUGUAAUGUUUUCAGUUACAGUUAAACCACUGUAUUUAUUUUUUCAAAUAGUGAGUUAGUGGAAGACAGCAAUGUAUGAUAUAAUGUACCAUAUUUGACUCAAACUUACACUAAAUGUAAUUGUGCUGUUUCCGUCGUAAUGAUGGUCAAGGGCUCCUGUUGUCUCCAGAGAGACGCCACAGCAAGACAUUUUCUGCCUUUCAUUUCUGUCUCAUGUAUUAGCACACAUACCACUCUUUGUGUUUGAUACGCAUGUACAAAAUGCCUUAGAAACUGACACAAUGGCUGAGAGUGACAAUGAAAGAGAACAACAAAACCAUUUUCUGAACAAAGUGCCAAUGGACCAUGUCUUGCUUUAUUGUACAUGUACUGUAAGCUUGAUAUAGUUAUUGGGGCCAAUGAUCUGAGAUCUGAAUUUCUGAUUACUUAUCACUUAUCCAGAAAUAGUGUAGAAUAAAUGGUCCUUCUCUGUUUUUUUUUCUUUUUUUUUCUGGUGUUUCUUCAUUUUAAAUGUUUCAAAGUCUUACAUUUUUCAUUUCAAUGACAAAAAAAAAAAAAAAAAAAAAAUCUAUUAUGGUCUCCGACUUUUGGACUGCAAUGUAAACGUUCACGUUCUUGCCUAUUUUUUGUAUGUGAACAGAUUUUUUUUUUCUAAGUGAUUAUUUUGUGAACAUAUUGAAAUUGUGUUUCUUGUGAUUUUUAAUCUAACCCAACAUUCAAAUUUCUUAAAUUAUUAUAAGUUACUUUAUCAACCUUUGCUGUGAAUAAAAUAAUUGAUUUCAUUAUAUAAAGUAAUAUACAGAAGAGUGCAAAAAUAUAGAUUUUUUAAAUAUAUGUAGAUGUUAAUAGAAAUCACAAUUCUUCUAAUGUCCUAUUAAAGCAAAAUAUAUUUAUUUUUUAUUAUGAAAUGUGUUGACGCUUUGAUGAACAUGCCAGUGAAAGGUAUUUUCCACGUGUGGAUCAGUUUAGGAGUCACCCGUAAAAAGGUUCCAGUCCAGAUCACAUGUAAAAAGUCAUUUUUUACAAACAUUCAGAAUUGGGUGUGGUUUGUUGUGUGAACGUAGCCCCAGGAGAUAAUGUACAUUAUUUCCGAGAGACAAUGAUGGAGAAAUACUUGCUAUCUAUUGCUAAAAACUCUUCUUCUGUCAUGACACAGCGAAUGUUGAUUAUAUCGAAUGUUACUUUGUGUUAAAUUCGUCAUUUUGAAUUCUCUAUUUAGCUUGACAAAAUAAGGGCUUCAUUUAGUGAAUUUAUAAACUUAUAUGUGGCCAGUUAUGAUGUGAAACUAUAAUCCAAUUAAAGCACAUGCCUGUACAAUACAGCA